AAAAACAAACAAUGAAACUACUUCUGCUCUUUAUUAUUGUUGAUUGCAUAUUAUUGAGCAACGCUCAAUUUGCUCAAGUCCAUGCUGCUGCACACGUACAAGGCCUUAUUGGAGACCGACAACGACCACCGAUACGAGGACCAGCUCCUACAACAGCUCCAACACUAGCUCCAGAACCAGCCACAGGCGAACCACCAGUUUCAGAACCAGCCCCAGGCCCAACACCAGUUUCAGAACCAGCCUCAGUAACGACACCAGGACCAGACACAGCACCAACAGAAGCACCAGCACCAACAGAAGCACCAGCACCAACAGAAGCACCAGCACCAACAGAAGCACCAACAGAAGCACCAACAGCAGCACCAACACCAGCAGAAACUCCAGCACCAACACCAGCAGAAACUCCAGCACCAACACCAGAUGAAACUCCAGCACCAACACCAGCAGAAACUCCAGCACCAACACCAGCUUGAUAUCCAGUACGAAAAUCCACACCAACUUUAGAAUCAGAACCAUAACUUAGACCAGGUGAGACAACAACAAUAACAAAGGAAAUAAUAAGCCAAAUCAACCAAUUCCCAGUGGAUAAAGUAAAAUGAUAGCCACGACCUCUAAUUGUAAUAUAUAAAAAAUUAUUUUAGAAAUUAAUUGAAAAUAUUUGAACACAAAUGUUAUUAUUUUGAAACAUAUUUUUGAAAAUUCAUUACAUAAUACAUAUAUAAAUGUAAUCAGCAAUAAAUUAUGUCCUUUCGAAACAGAUUUAAAAAUAAAAGCACAUGAAU